AUGAAUAAGCCAAGCCGGGGCGGGUUCCCGGGCUCCAACAGGUCUGAGAACGGAUGGAUCCCGACUCUCUCGGAUCAGAUCCUCGUUGGCGAUGACUAUGACGAGGAAGAUUUGGUUUUCGGCGAUGAUGAUGAUGAGACUCGGCCGAACGCUCACGUGAGGGCAGAGUCGGUGCAUCGUGGCGGUGUGAAUAACCAAAGCGAAGAGAGGUUCUUUAAAUCUGAUGUGGUCCCAAGAAAGCUAGUGCAGAGAAUGAGGAGCUUUGACCGGCAUGGUGAAAGAAUCCGUAACUGGAGUGGGGAGAGUGACGAGAGCGCUCUUCUGGAGGGGGACAUUCUGGACGGUGGAGUGCAGCCUAGGGUGAACAGACAGUCUGGCAGGAUGGAGGAUGGUCCGUUUUACGCGGUUGGUGACGAUCGUUUAUUCCACGACUCUGGCUUACCUGGUAGCAGGAGUAUACAUAUCCGUGAAGGCGGCCUCCCCGUUGCCCAAGCAUCUGUGUGGGCUGACGAUAUGGGCGAGAGACAGGGGGGCGAUAGGUGGGUAGACUUGCAGGAAGCGGAGGCGCCUUCGAAUGUGGUUCCGAUGAUGCCCGAUACGAUUCGGGGUGAGAGGAUGACUCCGUGGGGGUAUGCAACAGAUGUGACUCCGUGGAGUGAGCCAGCGGCCGAUCGAAAGCCGUCGAAAUCGGUAUCAAGUGUGGAUAAGAUGUUUCAGCAGUCAUCGAACACUUUAAAGAAGGUGAUUUCGACCAUUAUGGGAGGUUCUGGUCGAGCUUCCGAGCCGGCCCCUACGGCGAACUCGGCUGAGCAGUUGGCCGAGAACCUGUCGGAUCUACAGGUUUCUCAGACCUGGUCCGGCAUUGAAAGAUAUGUGGAACAACAAAAGCAACAGCUCGACGACUAUUUAGAGCAAAUGGCAAAGGUAUAUAGUCAACCUAGUAAGCACCACCUAUCUGCCUGUCACCCUCAACGGCCCUCCCUCACACCCUUGUUUAUCUGUGCCACGAUUCGAACGAUUUCGACACACAUGUGGGAAACCGUGUCUGGUUGUACUUCGAUUUCUGUAGGUCCUAAGGAAGCGCGGAGUCGAGAGCAAGAGGACGCUAAACUUUCAGAGGAAACAAAGAUCUUAGAUCGUGUUUCCGCCCUCGUCAAGGAACGCCUUCGCGAUUCGAUUUCAGAGGCGGAAGUUCGCUGGCGAAAGGAACUCGAAAAGGAGACCGAAAUGCGGAAGGCGGCAGAGGCUGAAACUGAGGCCUUGUUGAGGAAGGUUGCAUCAGAUAAGGAGGCACAGGAGGCGGCUGCGGAACGGGCAGCUGCGGAAAAAGCGGCUGCCGAGAAGCUGAUUGAGGAAGCCUUGAGUAAAAAGACUUCUGCAGAACCUGUGGCCGCCGAAGCCAUCCCGGAAGGAACUGGCUCUGGCGAAACGGACUCUGGGUCGCCGUCUGGGAAACUUUCAGGCUCGUCCAACCCGGCUGAUGAAACAGCGAGUAACGUGGACGCAAUGAACAACCUCAAACCAGUGAAGUCGGACGUUAGUAGCGGCACGAGUACAGACCCUUCGAGGAUGGUGACGAUAAAGGAGUUCAUCGAUUCCGUAGUAAGCUCCCUCCAACAGGUGGCCAGCAGAACCGAAGCACUCCAACGACGAAGUCUGGGGGAUGCAGGGCGCCGCCUUGUUGCUGCUAACGGUCUUGUCGACGACUCCUACUACCCUACUGAGGAUCUAUAUGAGCUGAAAGAAUACUUAUAUGAUCUGAACGAGUACGUGCAGGACCCUCGCUCUCCGUCGAUUUACAAUCAGGAUGUCUACAACCAGAAUGCCUACGGCCCGAUCGUAUACGACCGUGACGCACUGGUUGAGAUGCCUCGGUACCGAGCUGGUCAGACUGUUUACCACCAGUAUCCCGAGAACCGAUUCCCUGGUGACGGAUUCCUUGUUGACCACUCCCUUCUCGGCCAAUCCCUGCUAGACCCAUCCUUUGUCGACAACUCCCUUCUCGACCAACCCCUUGUUGACCAGGCACAUGUUGCAGAGCCUCCGGUCGACCAGUCCUCUGUUGUUGACGAAGCUGCUGCCCACCGUAAGCCGGAUGCACAAUACCCGGUGGGUGGCUUGGUCGAACAGCAAGAGAUGAUUUCUGAUGAUAGAACCAAGGAGGUGGAUGCGGGGAGUGUGAUACAUGUGGGAGCGUUUUCGAACGAGGUGCCUGUCGUGGUUCACGGAGGACUGGUUGAGGGAGGACUGGUUGAGGGAGGACUGGUUGAGGGAGGACUGCCUGAGGACUAUGAGCCGGAGAUGUACCCACUUGACACAGUGGCUGCCGUCCUGGCCGGUGACACUGCGGCGACUGGUGCCGAUGAGAAUGUUUGGGCAGAGAGGCCUGUAGUGACGUUGGACGGAUUGUUGCCCACGGCAUUGGACGACGUUUUGAGGUCGACGACGGGCGAGACGAUCCUGAACGAGGACGGGGAGUGGGUCAUAUUUCAAGGCGUGAAGCCUGUGACGGUGGAGUACGAGAAUCCCCGCGAGUUUCAAGCACAGGAGUCGAAGGAGGUGGCGUCGGUGGAGUGGGCUGACAUGGCUGACGAGUGGGGCGGCAUCCGGAACCAGCUGAUUGGGAAGAUUGCAUCGUCGGUGGAGGAUGUGAGCAAAACUGUGAACAACAAUCCGCUGUCUGACAUUGUAAAGUCGCUUGUGGAGGGGCUCGUGGAGUCCGGCCCUAAGCAAGUCCCAGCUCGCCCCAUUGAGACCUCGUCGGCUUCGCUGGACGGAAAUUCAGUUAAGGACCAGGUGGCUCAGAACGCCGCCAACAUGCUGAGACAGAUCAGCAACAAGGUCAUCAACAGUGGACCCAAAUUCAGACCUGGCGCUACUGAACUUGACAUACAACAUCCAAAACAGGAACCAGCCAAAACAGUCUCCACCGACGACUACUACUCUUCUCAGAGAGCAGCCAGAACUAGAAAUUGGUUUUAG